UGACAGACCCACUGCUUCUGCUUCUUCUUCCUUCUUCUUCUUCGGCCGUGCUCACAUUCUUCUGGACACUAGUUUCGCAGUUUUGCCUGCUGUUGCUUCAUCGAUGCGCAUCUUUGCUGCGAGAAUUUCGACGCUGUCACUAAGGAGCUCUCGAUCAACGGAAAUAGUUGCGUAGAGGGGGUUUCGAUUCGAAGGAAGCCCGAGGAUCAGGGGAAGGAUUUCGAAGGGUUCGAAGUCAUGAGAACGGCUGUAAUAUUUUGCAGAAACGUGAGGCGAUUGUCCUCGGUGGUACCGCAAGGCUGCAAUGACCUUGUGGCGAGUUCUCGUGUAAACAAGACUUUCUCAACAGUUGGAAGGAAGGAUGGGGCGCCCAGUCUUGUUGGAUCAAGAGGAGCUGGUGGGUCGCUUGCUCAAUUGAGUGAUGGGUUGUUUGUUGGCUCUGCGAGGUUCAUGGGCUAUUCGAGUUUCGGUGAAAAGUUUGCAGAGAAGAUACCUGAGGAUACUGAAAAGCAUCCAGAGGAGGCUAUAGAAAGAGCUAGUCAAGAGCUUUUCGAGCAAUCUAAUGUAACCGCAUAUCAUGAGGAAUCCCCCACAGAGGAGACGGAGGGAUACGUGGUCAAAGAUCAUAUUGCAGAGAAACCUGGCGCUGAGGUUGCAAACGAGGUGUGGGGCGCAAAGGAACAGGACGGUACGAGUGUGUUCACUGAUCACUCUGACAAAGUAUCGACUGAAGCAUAGAGGCUACAUGCAAAUAUAAGUAUGAGGGUACAAGCAGUUGUGGAGACGGUCAGAAUGGGUGGGAGUACUGGAGGGUAACACAAUCGAUGCCAUCUGUCCGACUCGCGUAACAAUUUCGAGAUGACUCGAAAGAUACUUGCAUUCUUCAAGUGGGUGCCAAGUGGUUAGACACUAUUUUGCAAGCAGCACUAUCCUAGACCAAAAAAAAUAAAAUAAAAGAAAAAAAAAAGAAAAAAAAAAAGGCAAUGAUAACUCUUUCUGGAAGAAGUAGUUCUUGUUUAACCUGGUAUUCUUGGGGCCAGAGGAAGGAGCUAGGCACUAGCACUGCUCCAUGUGCACUGCCAUGAGCAGAGGUCGAACCAUACGUGUGGCAACCCGGACAUCUGUUUGUGUAAAGUAAGCUUUUGGCGUUGUAAAGUAGUUCCUUAAGUUGAUACCUAAGCUAAAUUUGCAAAGCCGACGUAGUUUUGUUUUAUUAUGUAAUCACCAGAACGACUUGAUUUUGUCCAAGAACAUUCAGUCCUAGAAUAUGUAUAUAUAUAUAUAUAUAUAUAUAUAUAUUGAUGUGCAACGUGGAGCGUUAUGUUGUAGUAUGAUGGAGAGCUGCACUGAGUGGACUGGGGAUUGUCAUGUGCCUUGCACGCAUUUGUAUCUUUAUCAGGGCAGUUGUCCUUGUGUUCAAUUCUCAGACGGUUUUGUUUUCAUCA